AUGGGGAAGGACUCGAAGCCGAAGGACGCCAAGGGGAAGGACGCCAAGGGGAAGGGCAAGCAGGCGGCCGGCUCCUCUGGCGGCGACGAUGGCGGUGGCAAGGGAGGCAAGGGCAAGGGCGGCAAGUCCGCUGACGGACUCGGCACCUGCACCUACGUCAAAGCUAGGCACGUAUUGUGUGAGAAGCAGGGGAAGAUCAAUGAAGCUUAUAAGAAGUUGCAGGAUGGAUGGCUGGACAAUGGGGACAAAGUCCCUCCUGCUGAGUUUGCUAAGGUAGCACAAGAGUAUUCUGAAUGCCCAUCAGGGAAGAAAGGUGGAGACCUUGGUUGGUUCCCUCGUGGCAAGAUGGCUGGCCCUUUCCAGGAGGUUGCUUUCAACACUCCUGUGGGAGCUGUUAGCGCACCAUUCAAGUCCACGCAUGGGUAUCACUUUAUCCUCUGCGAAGGAAGGAAGAACUGA